AUGGAUACAUUUUCAUAUCAUUUAAUUCAUUUUAGUUCCGAAUUAACUUCAUACGAAGGUGUCCAUGUGUCCGAAGCGGCCAAACGCCUUCCUAAAAGUGGUCGACUGUUGUGUUUUGUGCUCACAUCGCCAAAAUUUUACGCCACCAGGGUAUUGGCCGUAAACGUGACAUGGUUGCCGCGCUGUGAUCACGGACAGUUUUUUGCCAACGUACCAAUAGAUCCAACAAUUCCACACAGCACCGUGUUGAAGCGCAUUCCAGAUGACUACAGAUAUCUCUUCCAGAAGUCAAUGAUCUCCUUUCACUAUGCUUUUACUCAGAUUUCCGAUCAAUUCGAUUGGUACUUCAAGGCUGACGAUGACACCUACGUAAUCAUGGAGCAUAUGUACGAAUACCUGGCAACACUCGAUCCAACGGAACCAUAUUACCUAGGAUACACGCUAAGACCUUAUUUGAAACGAGGUUACAACGGCGGUGGCGCUGGUUAUGUUCUAAGUCGUGCAGCACUAAAGCUAUUUUUACAACGUGCCUUUUUCGAUCGUACAAUAUGCCCUAUUGAUUUUAAUGAAGACGUUGGAAUCGGCAGAUGCCUGCAAAAUGUCGAAAUUUUCCCACAUGACACACGGAACAAAAAAGGUCAACCUCGCUUUAACACAUACCGCCCAAGUUACAUGUUUAGAGGAUUGAUUUCAGACGAAUGGCAUUACUAUAAACCACUUAAGGUGGGUGUUAGUUGCCUGUUUGCGUGUUUUAUAUUUUGUAAAAAGAAAACAAACGAAAUUCAUGACGAAAAAGGUAAGUUGGCCCGAAUAGUGAUCAAAUCAUGA